AUUUCCUCCAAACCUUUCAAAAUUUCUCCAAAUUCUCCCCACCUUCCUCUCCGGCCGCAGGUUGAACGUGGACAUCGAGUGCAAGCGCGUGGCCGGGCUGGCGCCCGCGGACCUCGAGUGGGCGUUCGACCUCACCAAGGCCAACAUGCAGGCGCUGUACGAGCAGAGCGAGUGGGGCUGGAAGGAGCGGGAGAAGCGAGAGGAGCUGCGCGACGACCGGGCCUGGUACCUGAUCGCCCGCGAGCCCGGCGCCCGCCCCGUCGCCUUCUCCCACUUCCGCUUCGACGUCGAGUGCGGCGAUGAGGUCCUCUACUGUUACGAGGUGCAGCUGGAGAGCAGAGUCCGGCGGCGCGGCCUGGGCAAAUUCCUCCUCCAAAUCCUCCAGCUGGUGGCCAACAG